UCGAUCGAACGGAAGAGAUUUCUGGAUUUCUCCUCUCUUUCCUUUCUCUGUCUUUCACUUGAAUUAGUUGCCCACCUUUUGCAUUCUCAAUUUUAUUUAUUUAGGUCAAUAUUAACUAUUCAUCUCGAAGGGCCUCUCCCUGCAGCAGUUUACCUUUUUAUUUUUGAAUACUAGAGUUUGAUUUACCUUUUGUGUAAACUUGGAAACCUUUAAAACAAAUUUAAUUGUCAUUAUCUCCAUUGAUUCCAUCUAAAGUCUAAUAUCUUUCUGAGACGAUGAUGGAGUCUUUUUGGAAUUUGGCAAAGGCGAAUCCGUUCAAGAGCCCAUUUACGACGAAAGUGGAUUGUGCUGAGGGAGGAGGAGAUGGAAAAGGUCCGUCGCUCGGAAUCAUGAAAAGUCCUGUUCCCAGUCGAAACAUCAUGGCCGCCGCUGCUUCCGGUGAAGUUGAAUUUGGAUCUGCAAAGUAUUACGCGCUGUGCGGUUUUGGAGGACUACUUUCGUGUGGAAUAACACAUACUCUGGUAGUACCCUUGGAUUUGGUCAAGUGUCGAAUGCAAGUCAACCCAGACAAAUACAAAGGGCUUGUUACCGGGUUUAAAGUAACUCUGAAGGAAGAGGGUGCGAGAGGUCUUGCCAGAGGCUGGGCUCCGACUGCGAUUGGAUACUCUUUGCAGGGGAUUGGUAAAUUUGGAUUCUACGAGGUCUUCAAAAUUGCAUACGGUGGAAUGAUGGGAGAAGAGAAUGCUUACCUUUACAGAACUGCAUUAUAUUUAGCAGCUUCAGCAUCCGCUGAAUUUCUGGCCGACAUUGCUUUGAGUCCCCUCGAAUGCAUAAAGGUUCGGAUUCAAACACAACCCGGAUUUGUUGGGACUUUAAGGGAAGCAUUCCCAUUAAUUAUGAAGGAAGGGGUUGGAGCAUUUUAUGCACCUUUGGUCCCAUUGUGGAUGAGACAAAUUCCUUACACCAUGAUGAAAUUUGCUAGCUUUGAAAAAACUGUAGAGUUGCUCUACCAGCACGUGGUUCCAAAGCCUCGAGAGCAGUGUACAAAAGCUGAACAAUUGGCUGUCACCUUUGCUGCAGGGUACAUUGCCGGGAUCUUUUGUGCUGUCGUAAGUCAUCCGGCUGACACGAUGGUAAGCAAAAUGAGUCAAGACAAAUCUGGUGCUAGUGCAAUUAUGAAGAAACUCGGAUGGGCUGGAUUAUGGAAGGGUCUUGGCACUCGAAUUAUCAUGAUAGGAACUCUCACAGCGUUGCAGUGGUUCAUUUACGACGGUGUGAAAGUUGCAUUUGGUUUGCCUCGUCCACCUCCACCAGAAAUGCCACAGUCUUUAAGAAACAAAUUGGGAAAGUAAUGGAUUUAAAUUAUUAUACUUUCUCCUACGAAUACACUGCUUUUUGGGCUUACUUGAAGUUUAAUAAAACAAUAAUGAAAUGCAACUUG